CAGAAACGAUAUUCUGCCCCAGCGGGGACUUCAAGCGACCUUCUAUCUCCGGACCAGUCCCAUGAGGACUGGGAAAAGUCGAUGUUACAGAUGAUGAAUCGAGACAUCUCUCUGGCACUAGAGCCCUCUCCUCCGCAGGCGCCUGCUCCCCCGAGUCGGAGAUCCAAGGACCCAAGACCCAAAUCGUACCCCAAUUCGCAGUCCUAUUCCUCCAAAUUGUUCGAGUUGGAGCUUUCACCGAUCUUCGAGGAUAUUCAGGUGUUUGGCAGCACGAGUCUGUGUGGUCUUGAUGAUGAUGGGGCCGAUGAAGCAAUUCCGGACCAUGAGCAUUCGCCGGAGCCUGAUUCAGAGGUCCCACGAUGGAGACCGACUAUCGAUGAGGAUGGAGAAAGUGUGGAUUCUGAACGUGACCGGGGUUCUGAAAGCGAUGAGGAAGGAUCGGAUUCGUCAUAUGGGCAGUUGGUCGAAGAAAAGAGAUUUGGGUCUGCAGCGUACGACGUGAGCGUUGGCCAGGAAGAUAGCGACAUCGAAGUAGAAGAGUUUUGGGUGGAUACGAAGGAACAAUAUGAAGAAUUCUCCGCUUGUGUGGAAGAGGACUUCAAGGGCGAUAUCAUGGAAACUCACCAACUAGUUCCUGCGUUGACGUUCACAUCUCCCACACCGGAAGAGAGUAGUUCGAGCGGAAUGGGCGAUUGCUCUGAUGUUCCACAGGAGGGGAAGAUGGCAUUGGAGGACCCAAGAACGUGCAGGUUCGCGAGUCAGGUGGUGGAUGAAACCGUCGAGGAAGUUCGGAGGGUUACUCCGACGCAGUGGACCGACACAAUGGAAUCCUCUGUGAACACCGUUGAUGGGAGGAAUGUUGGGGCUUGGAAGCAUGUUGAUGAGCACGGGCGUCUUGCGCGACCGCCUCCCUUGGUUAUCGAUCCUCCGACUGCGCGAAGGAGCCUCAAGGAGGCAGAGGGGUCAGAGACGCAAACGAGAAAGCGGUGGUCGAUGGCGUCGUAUCAAAGCCAGAGCAGCAGGAAGAGCGCAACCUGGAGUAUCCGGUCUUCGACAUCUUCCAUCUGGCGGCGAGUGUCUGGAGCACUGUUUCGCGGCAGCAGAGUUCCAGGAGAUGCCAUCCUGGAAGGGAGUCAUGAAUUCGUAGAGUCGUCGAACGCUCACCAACGAUCCCCACAAGAAGGUGAUGCCACUUCCCUGAAUGGCGAUUUUCACAGAGAACGAGAACGAAAUACUGGUACAUCAACCCUAGGCCCGACACGUGCAUUGGCAGCAGGGAGAAUGGCAAAUGACUCAGAAGCGGUCCCUGAGUAUAGGUUGCAUGGUGUGAAAGGCGUGCGGGAGAGGUUGAGGAACCUUCCGAGGAGGAUGGGCGCGUUGAGUGGUCAAGGUGCGAAUGCUUCGACCAGGCGAGGAAGGCUAAGUUCGUUGCUUCGAUCUGGCGGAAACGAGACCCCGGGUCAUCGACGCAGCCUUCCUGCCAGCACAGUAUAAACACUUCAUCGAACGGUGGUGAUAUGCGACCCUUUUUUCUUCAAAUUUUCGCGUUCCCUUCUUCUGGAUACCCCCAAUUGCUGCCUCGACGGUAGCCCGUGCGCAUCGACGUCGCCCAUCAAACUCCUGCUAUUUCCUUGGCGACACCUUCUCUUCUGUAUUCUUUGCUUUACUUUUCGAACUGUGAUUUGAA